AUGGCUCCGGGCUCCUGGUUCCUGACUCCUCUGACUUCAGUCAUUGACGACAUGUCGUCGUGCCCGGCAAGUGGAUAUAGUUCCGGUGUUCGUUGCCAGCGUUAUCCCGGGGGCAAUGGUCGUGGCAGGUAUCAGGGCAAGUGGUUGGGCAACCAACACCAUGGCUAUGGCGUGAAGAAAUCGGGACGUGGCCUGGUCUACGAGGGGCAAUGGCAGCGUGGUCAACGGCAUGGCUAUGGCACCCUGCGACAGGAGGAGCCCGACGGCAGCAAGCAUCGCCUCUACGUGGGUCAGUGGCAGCAGGAUAAGCGCAGUGGCGAGGGCAAGCAGUUCUAUCCGGAUGGAUCGGUAUACUACGGCCAGUGGCUGGCGGAUAAGCGAUGUGGUCGGGGAAUCUUGUGGCGGGCCGAUGGUGGAGUCUAUGUGGGAGAGUGGCUACUGGAUCAAAUGCAUGGAAGAGGAGUGCUUUUCACGGCAAAUGGAAAUCGCUAUGUGGGCCAAUUUGAAGGAGGCUGCAAAUCAGGAUCCGGAGUUUAUUAUCAUGGAAGCAAGGAUGUUGAUGGCCUGCGCAUACAGCGCGGCUUUUGGAGCCAGGACGUUUGCAGGACCUCACUGAUGCCCCUGCAGCUGCCACGCUGAG